AAAAUUUCCACUGUUAUUGCUCGCAGACGCACUACCUACUCCGAGCGCGCGCUUCCAUUCUCACCGCCGCAGGGCCGCCCUGCCGCAGACGUCGGGGUGCUAUCACUCCCUCACGCGCCGCUCUCGCUGGCUAUCCUCUCUCAUCUGACCAACAGAGCUCCCAGCUCCCUCAAGACAUGUUACUUAUAUUAUCAGGAAACCAUGAUUCUCCCAGUUAGAACAAGAAAAUUUAAGGAGGCAGUGCAAAUGGGUUUCAAGACCCAGUUCACUCAUGACAAGUUACUUACAUUAUCAGGAAACUAUGAUUCUCUCAGUUAGAGCAAGCAAAUUUGAGGAGGCAGUGCAAAUGGGUUUCAAGACCUUUCAUCACCUGAAGGUAGGAAACAGUAAGAGAUGCAGAGAAGAAUAGUAUCACACAUUUCUCUCAAGGGAUUGCAAUGCCAAUUAAGUCAAAAAAAUUUUUACAUCUCCACAAGAAUGCUCAACUUGGGAGCAGAAGGUUGGGUAGAUGAUCCACUGUAUGCAGAUGUACCAAAGCCUCGCAGGAGAAAGUCUGAGAGAAAACCAUAUCCAACACCCAUGAAACUUUUGAUAAGAAGGGCCAAAGCGGAGAGAGAAGCUAGAAAGGCUCAGCCGUGUAGGAUGCUUGAAGAACCUCCUGACAAUGGCCUCCUUGUCCCUGAACUUGUGCACGUGGCUCACAGGGUCUAUCAAGCCCGAGAAUCACUCCUCCUUGGGCUGUCCAAACUCAUUGAGGUCAUUCCUGUCAAGCGCUGCAGGUUUUGCUUUGAGGUUCACAUUGGCCAUGUGGGUCAUGAAAUCAGGACCUGUACUGGGCCAAAGAGUGGUUUCCGCAGUGCUACACAUGUUUGGAGAAGUGGUGGUGUCCAUGAUAUGAUUUAUUUUCCCAAGUGUUUCCAUCUUUAUGAUCGUGUCGGGAAACCAAGAGUUGGGCAUGAUGAGAGGUUUAGUGUCCAGCAAGUAACUGCCAUUGUUGAGCUCUGUAUACAGGCUGGUUUAGAACUUGAGAAGUACCCUACAAGGAGAAGAACGAAACCAGUGUACUGUAUUGAAGGAAGAAUUGUUGAUUUUGAGUUGGCGACACAAAAGGAUGACAUGAAUAGAAACUCAUAUUAUGAGGAUCUCAAUCUCCUCGCAGAGUCCGGUGAAAGGGCGAAGGUUGAAGAAAAUUUUGAUACGAGUCCAGAUAUGGAGUAUCUUGUUAAUCUUGUAUCACAGUCUAACAAUGAGGACAUAAAUAGUUUGAGGGAAUUAAGUAUUUUAACACUAGAAUCAUGGUCAGAAAUGAUAUCAGGAACAAAGAAGUUGAUGAAAAAAUACAUUGUGAAUACCUGUGGAUAUUGUCCUGAGGUUCAGGUGGGUCCGAAGGGACACAAGUUAAGGAUGUGCAAGGCAUCGAAGCACCAGUCUCGCAACGGUUUGCAUGCUUGGCAAGAAGCAACUAUAGAUGAUCUUGUCGGCCCCAACUAUGUUUGGCAUGUGAGAGACCCACAGGGACCUGUUUUGGCUAACAACCUGAAGAGGUAUUAUGGCAAGGCUCCAGCGGCAGUCGAGGUGUGUGUUCAGGCAGGGGCACCUGUUCCAGAUCAAUACAAGAGUAUGAUGAGAUUGGAAGUGGUUCCUCCCGAUCGUGAUGAAGUUGAUCUUGUUGCCUGACCCUGUGUUUCUUGCAGAUAGAUGGCAUACAUCAUCAACCGGACAUUUGAAUACACCCGAAAUUGCCUCGUCAUUUUUACUCCCCAUGACCAACUUUGUUUUUCUGGCUUUCCUCACUUUUCUCCUUCCCUCCAAUGAUGAAUUAAAGGCAAUCUGUGUAGAUCUUUCCAGUGAAUGGUUUUAUAAAAUAGUUUACAAAGGUAAUCUUCUCUUCCUAUUUCUGUUUUUGCUGUUGUAAUUCGACCAGUGCAGGGACAGUUGAGAGCCCAAAAAAUUGAAAAUUGUGUGAAUGUUGCCUA